GGAGGAGGAGAAGGAGGAGGAAGAGGAUGAGGGGGCGCCGCGGCGGCGCUUGUGUUGGUGCUUGUGCUGCUUGUGCUGCAGCCGCGCUCGCCUGAGCGGGCCCGGCGCUCCCUCCGUGCCGGCCUCGCACCGCGCCGCCGCCCCCGGGGGCGGGGGGAGUCGCGGCGAGUGGAUGCCCGGCGGGCACCGCCGGGGCACAGACCCGCGGACGCCAUGGGCUGCUGCAGCUCCGCCGCGCAGAGCUCCAAGCGAGAGUGGAAGCCUCUGGAGGACCACAGCUGCACAGAUGUACCAUGGCUGCUCUUAUUCAUCCUCUUCUGCAUAGGAAUGGGUUUUAUUUGUGGCUAUUCAAUAGCUACAGGAGCAGCUGCAAGACUGCUUUCAGGAUAUGACAGUUAUGGAAAUAUUUGUGGACAGAAAAAUGUCAAGGUGGAGGGAAUAGUCAACAGUGGUCUGGACCUUACACACAAGAAGUAUGUAUUCUUCUUGGAUCCAUGCAAUAUCGAUAUAGUACAUCAGAAAAUCAAGUCUCUUGCUUUGUGUGUAUCAGCUUGCCCAAGGAAAGAACUAAAAACUCUGGCUGAUAUUCAGAAAUUUGCAGAAACUAAUGGGUCUACUCUGUGUAGCUAUGAACUGCAGUCAUCAGAAUAUACUACAGACCCAAGGGCUGCCAAGUUAUGUCCUAAAUAUCCUGUUCCAGAGAGUGCACCUAUUCCAUUCUUCCAUCGCUGUGCUCCUGUGAACAUUUCCUGCUAUGCCAAGUUUGCAGAGGCCCUGAUCACCUUUGUCAGUGACAGUAGUGUCUUACACAGGCUGAUUAGUGGAGUUAUGACCAGCAAAGAGAUUAUAAUGGGACUUUGCUUGUUAUCACUAGUGUUGUCCAUGAUUUUGAUGGUUAUAAUAAGGUACAUUUCAAGAGUACUUGUCUGGAUUGUAACAAUUCUUGUCAUUCUGGGAUCACUUGGUGGUACAGGAGUCCUGUGGUGGCUCUAUGCUAAGAAACGAAUGUCUGCCAGUGCUCUUGAGACUCAAAUAGCCAAAGACAAUCUUCAGGCUCUCUUGAUCUAUGCCAUUGCAGCUACAGUCUUCACGGUAAUCUUAUUCUUGAUCAUGUUAAUAAUGCGCAAAAGAGUAGCUCUCACCAUUGCCUUGUUCCACGUGGCCGGCAAGGUCUUCAUUCACCUGCCACUGCUAGUCUUCCAGCCAUUUUGGACAUUCUUUGUGCUUAUCCUCUUCUGGGCAUACUGGAUCACAGUCCUGCUUUUCCUUGGUACUACAGGUAGUCCUGUCCCAAAUGAAGAAGGAUUUGUCGAAUUUCGGAUGGUAGGUCCUUUGAGAUACAUGUGGUGGUACCAUGCAGUAGGACUCAUCUGGAUCAGCGAGUUUAUCCUGGCCUGUCAGCAGAUGACAGUAGCAGGGGCUGUUGUGACAUACUAUUUUACAAGGGAGAAAAGAAAUCUGCCAUUUACUCCUAUUCUGGCAUCUGUUAAUCGCCUUGUUUGUUACCACCUAGGAACAGUAGCAAAGGGGUCUUUCAUUAUCACACUAGUGAAGAUACCACGAAUGAUUCUAAUGUAUAUUCAAACACAACUCAAAGGAAAAGAAAAUGCUUGUGCUCGCUGCAUGCUUAAAGCCUGCAUCUGCUGCCUUUGGUGUCUGGAAAAGUGCCUGACAUAUUUAAAUCAGAAUGCAUAUACAGCCACAGCUAUCAACAGCACCAAUUUCUGCACCUCAGCAAAGGAUGCCUUUGUUAUCCUGGUGGAAAACGCUUUGCGAGUGGCUGCCAUAAACACAGUUGGAGAUUUUAUGCUGUUCCUAGGAAAGGUCCUGAUUGUCUGCAGCACAGGUUUGGCCGGCGUUAUGUUGCUGAAUUACCAACGAGAUUACACCAUCUGGGUGCUGCCACUCAUCAUUGUCUGCCUCUUUGCAUUCCUGGUUGCUCACUGCUUCCUUUCUAUUUAUGAAAUGGUUGUUGAUGUCCUUUUCUUAUGUUUUGCCAUCGAUACAAAAUACAACGAUGGGAGUCCUGGGAGGGAAUUCUACAUGGAUAAAGUUCUCAUGGAGUUUGUGGAGAAUAGUAGGAAAUCUAUGAAAGAAGCUGGCCGGGGAGGUGGAGCUGAGAGCAGAGAGCUAAAACCAAUGGCCUCUGGAGCAAGUUCAUCUUGAAACUAGCCAGCCAUAUUGGAACCCAUUGACAUUCCAAAACAGUAUAUAUAUACAUAUAUACAUACAUAUAUAUAUAUAUAUAAAAAUAAACAGCCAAAAUCAGAGAAAAGGAACAGGGAUUUAAAACUUUUUUUAACAAUUAUUUUUGUGAAACAUGUACUCUUUUCAUACGGGUGGCUUUUACAAGCAGCUUUAUCAUUGUUCCAUUUCUUAAAUUAUUCAUUGUGGUCAUGGAAAUGUUGAUUCUUAUCUGCUUGGUAUUUUACAAUCUGGAGGAGGUAUCGUUGUAAAGAUAAUCUGAAAUCAUGACUGGGUUUAGAGACAGAUUUCCCAUGACAUUGCUAAUCUGCUGAGACUUUUACUUGUUUAGUUUCUUUUGAAUUUGCAUUAAAUUUGGGACAGUCACAUGUACAGAAAACCUUGAAAUCAAGAAAAGUCUUAAAUUUAGUUUUUCAGAAGAUGGUUUCAGUGAGAAUUCAUUCAGUUCAAAUUGGUUUGUAAGCAGUUAUUUUACUUUACAACCCUGGCAGGGCACAGUUUUGUUUACCAGUAUCAGACAUCACAAUAACCAACUCCUCAGGUAUUCAGGUGUGUGGGAGCCCUUGCAUCUCCUAUUAAACAGAACCUACAAAAUGGGGACAGAUAAUUUUUAUAUGCAAUCAACUUCCUGCUUUACCCUACUUGCCCCCUCAUACCCGUUGCCCUCUAUCCUCCCCUUGAGUUCAGUAGCCUCCUUCACACUUCAGCAGUGUUCCUUUGAAGGGUAUGGAUUCUGCAUAUGGGCAAUUGAAAUAACAGAUUGAUAAAGCUCAGUCUUAGCCAUACUCAUGAUUAAUUCAUGACUAGAUACAAAGAUGCUGAGGAGGGGAAGAGAAAUGAACUGUACUACUGUACAUAAAAAAGUACUGUAUGCUUCAUUUCAUUUAAUGCCAGAGAGCUCUGGGAGGUAGAAGGGAUCAUUCCUUGCCUGUUGUUUGAUCCAUAUAUGUAUGUACUGUAGUGGGUGGCUAAAAUGGGAAAGGGCAGAGAAACAUUUCUUUGGAAGUGUAGCUGCCAGGAUAGUUAUCUGAAGUUAUUAAAUAAUGACAAGAGAACAUGCUUUUUUAUUAGUAGUAGUAGUACAAAAUUUCUUUUCAGUCUGGAAGCUCGCCAGAUAUGAAUGCUAAUAUUCAAUUAUUCAGCAUAUUGUAAUGGUAAAUGCUUAAGUGUAUUUGCUAAGAAUUCAUGAUCUGUCUAUGCUAUAUAUUCCUUUUGUUACAAUUUUUUUAAGAAAACUAUUUUUGUUAAUGUAAAGUUAAUAUUUCAGAGCAAAAUUUUUAAACUUAUUGCACUAAAUACAAGCUCUCUACAAAUAAACGAUGCCUCAAUGGUACAAUCACUCCAUUCAAGAAAAUCUUUUGAAAGAGAAAAGUCUUUCUACAGAAGCUUUGUAAUGGAGUAGAGAGGUAUGUGUAGGUAGAGACAUGCACAACUCAUGUUAUCAAGGUUUAGUAAAUAAGCAGUUAUUUGUGCUUCCUGUCAGAGGAUCAGACUUCCAAAUUGCUGCUGAAGGUUUAAAAAAUUAUGUAGUAUCAUGUAGCUAACUAGUGCUCUUAUCUUUUGGCAAUAGUAAAAUAUUUCACUUUUGCUUCCAGAAGGCAUUUGAUAACUUAAAUUUGUUAGGUUUUCUUUUGGUAAGCCAGUUAAAAGAAGGAUUUACACUUUUCAUAUCUCAGACCCCAAACUAUGUGAGAGGUGUGAAAAUAAAGAUACAUGUAGAAAGGAUAGCUGCUGGGGAGGCAGAGAGACAGAAUUACUCAGUCCUGGAAGCACUUAGACACUAAUUUAAGUGAACCAUAUCGGUACCUCCACUAACAUCAGAAGGGCUCUCUAAGUAUUGAAGUUGUAACUCACACAUCUGUGUAAGUGCUAACUGGGCUAGAGCUUCCAUCUAGGGAUCAAACUGGAGCACUACUGAGGCCUCUCAGUGCAAGUCAGAGGUCAGACUUGCCUAGAAGAAACACUGGAGCAGUCUUACUUUUGUGGAGAGGAGACCUUCCUGCUGCACCAGUGUCUAAGACAGCAGUGGCUCUCAACACCAAUAUUUGUGUAGAUCAGGAGGGUUUAACCACGCCAGAAAUUUAAAAACUGGCUUAGAUGAAUCCUAGAAACUGGAUUCCAAGGCUAAAAGACUUAACAAGUACCCAGUUGCUUCCAGAAAAAUUAAUUUUCUUCUUGUUUGGAGGCUAUUGGAGGUGCUUAAUCAAAGAAGCCUUGUAUUCUGCGCAUUUUGAUAAAAAAGUUCUGCCAUGACUGGUCCCGCAAGUUUGUGUUCCCUGCUCACUGGAAGUCCUGAGUGGGGACUUUUCUCUGUAAUUGCAACUAGGACUGCAGUUGGAAACAAAUUUUGUAUUUUUGUAUUACUUGACUGUGCACCAUUUUUAUAGCAGUUUAUCCUGUCUUAAAAAUAAAUCUGUUUUAUUUACAUGGUGUUUAAAAGAUACAGGCAACACUUUUCUAUGGGUAGUUGUAAUGUUUAAGUGAGAAAUCUAUAUCAUUACGAAGUUCUUAAUAAAAUUGUGUGCACCA